CCAUCUUUUCUGUGUUCUACUUGCUAGAAUCCAGUUGUUAUACAUAGCGGUUAAAGAUGGCCUUUGUAUAUUGGUCCCUGCGUUGUUUACUUCUUCACGGAAGCCUGUGGCCAUGAGCUUAAGCCUGCCUGCACCAAAAUAAAAUUUUCACCUGUCCAUUUGCUUUAAAUAUAGACCCAAUAAGCAUAUGUAUAGCCUUUAGAGCCCGCCUGCUUUGCAUACGCCAUGAAAUUGCACUUAACAUUUGCUUGUCAUAAAUGAGAGAAGUCCUUGGGCUAUAAAGGAUCACAAACUGCUCUGCCCUUUGUAGCUGUCUGACAAGGAGAUUCCUGGCUGUGCUGCUGAAUGAUUCAUCCUAGACUUGCUGGAGCCCCGAGAUGGUCAGAGAGGCCGUGUUGACAGACGUGGAGCCAGAGAACAGGUCUGGGAUCCCUGAGGGCAGAGAACCUGAGAGGGUGACCUUCUGUCCCACAGAACCUGACAGGGAGCCUUCCUGCGUCAGCCCGGACUGCGCCCAGGGCCCUGGAACAGAGGAGGGGACACACAGAGAAGCUAUUUAUCAUGCUAUUAAUUGUAAUCAGCAUUGUGUGGGUCCCAUUAGUACAGGUUGCUCAAAAUGGACACCUGUUCCAUUACAUAGAAUCCAUUUCUAGCUACCUUGGGCCUCCAAUUGCAGCUGUCUUUCUGCUUGCCAUCUUCUGUAAAAGAGUCAAUGAACAGGGAGCCUUCUGGGGUCUAAUUAUUGGAUUUGUGAAUGGCCUCAUUCAUAUGAUCGCAGAAUUUGCUUAUGGAACAGGGAGUUGCCUGGCUGCCAGUCACUGCCCCCAAGUCAUCUGUGGAGUACACUAUCUGUACUUUGCCCUCAUUCUCUUUUUUGUUUCCAUACUGGUCAUCCUGGGAAUUUCCCUGUUAACAAAACCCAUUCCUGAUGUACAUCGGUAUUGCCUGUGCUGGGCUCUUCAGAACAGUACAGAGGAACGAACUGAUUUAGAUUCAGAAGAGAAAAGACACGAAGAAGCUGAUGAUGGUGUUGACGAAGAUAAUCCUGAGGAAACUCAUGGGUGUCUCAGGAAGGCUUAGGACUUGUUCUGUGGUUUGCAGAGGAAAGGGCCCAAGCUGAGCAAAGAGGUGAAAGAAGCCCAAAAGAAGAAGCUGACAGACACAUCUGAGAAGCCCUUAUGGAGGACUGUAGUGAACAUCAAUGCCAUAAUCCUCCUGGCAGGGGCAGUCUUUGUCCAUGGCUAUUUUGCCUGAACUCUAUCUGAGUUACUAGAAUAUUUAUUAAGCAAAGGAUAAUUUUAUUGAUUUUCCACUUGUAUCGUUUUUUGUGUUGCAAAGGCAGAUAAGCAGUUGGUAAUUUUAUUGAAUGAGAUGACUAUAGACAUGGUUUUUAGCUUUUGUUGUUCCUUUGUGUCAAUAAAGAAAAAGAAACAGUUGAUAAUUUAGAAAGCCAGUGAGUUGAGUCUAUGUGUACAUAAACUGGAAGCUCUGUGUCUAAAUUUUUUUUAUAGCUCACCAGGCAGAUUGCCCCACCUUACACUUGCUUUCUGCAAUUUCCAGAGAUUUCCACUUAGAAGGAAUGCCUCUCCAAGCUCUGCCUCACAUAGUAACCUCCUCAUCUAUAAAAGUGAACUUCCCCUCCUGUCUCCCCUUCAUUGAUCUCAAUGAAAAUAGAAAUACUUCCUAAUAGUUGAGGGGAGGUGAGCUGAAAAUGCCAGUUGUAAAUAUGUUUAUGAAUUUACUGGAUAUUAUUAGCUUAUAUCUCAAAUAAAGCCAUCCCUCACCAUUUAAAUGUUAGCAUAUCAAGCCAUUGAUUUUUGACUACUUUUUUUUUUUUAAUUUGGCCACACCACGCAGCUUGUGGGAUCUUAGUUCCCCAACCAGGGAUUGAACCCGGGCCCUGGCAGUGAAAGUGCCUAGAGUCCUAGCCACUGGACCACCAGGGAAUUCCCAUGAUUUUUAGACUAUUUUUUAAAGUAGUCUAAUUAUAUUUUUCUUGAUUUUUAGACUACUUUUUAAAAAUAUAAUUCACAUAAUUUAUCUAUUUAAAGUGUACAAUUAAGUUUAUUUUAGAAUAGUCACAGAGUUGUGCAAUAAUUACCACAAUCUAAUUUUCUAUAUUAACAUUCUUUAUUUGCAUUGUUACUUGAAUAUAUGUCUUUCUCUGUCUUUAUUUCUGUUUUAUUUUGACAUUUUGUGUUGUUCUGUGACUGGAUUUUCCAUAUAAAAUUUAUCUUGGAGAUCUUCACCUAUCAGUACAUAUAGGUAU